GAUUCUUUCUGUGAGAUCAGUGAGAACGAAUAAGCAGGAAAGCCUGAAAAAAGAAAGCUACAGUGAACGGAGCUCAAAUUCCCCUCCCUCUCUUUGGCAACAAUGAAUAAGGGAGCAAUUUGAUUAUUAAAACAGAGAGGGAAAUGUUGCGCACAGAAAUGACGUAACUUGAGGCUGAAAGGGACGAUGGGCAGGCCUAAAGGAACGAUGCAAUGACAAGUGCUAUAGAAUAGACACACCUACUUUCAGUUUGUGAAAAUGCCUGGUUUGGAAAACAAUUAGAAAGGAGUGAUAACUUUGGUUGCCCUCACUGCUGCUAGCAGCAAAAACAUUGCUGCAGAAGAAAUGGAGGAAGUCACUUUCACCAGAGACACUAUCUUGUCAGAGGUUCAUUUACACAAACGGCAAAAAAAGCAUUUUAUGGUCAGACUGAAUGCUACAGGCCAGCCAGUUUUCCAAUCAGUGUUUAAAAUUAUUUCUAUGAAUAGCACACUAGAGUCAGUAAGUAAAGAAUCUGAUAAUAAGAAAAGAGAAGACACAGAAAAGGAGUAUAGUUCUUCUCCUGAAGACAUACAGCAAAAUGAUUCUGAGAAUGUAGAAAACCUAGUUGAUGAAGAUGGAGAUCUUGAAGUUACUAGAAGGCCUCAGUCUUUUUCUGAAAAAAAUGAGCAGAACUAUGCUCGGAAUAUUGUAUGUCCCACCAUACUUACUAUUGGAAAUGAGGAAGAAUAUAAUUGUGAAGAAAAUAUUUACAGCAGUCCUAACAUUGUGAAAAUUGAGCACACUAUGGCAACACCAUUAGAAGAUGUUGGUAAGCAGGUCUGGCGAGGUGCUUUCCUUCUUGCCGAUUACAUUCUCUGGCAGCCAGAUCCCUUCAGAGACUGUACUGUGCUUGAACUGGGAGCAGGCACUGGUUUCACAAGUAUUAUCAUGGCUAUGAUCGCCAAGACAGUAUACUGCACAGAUGUCGGUGAAGACUUGUUGGAGAUGUGCAAGAGAAAUGUGAGCUUGAAUAAAUAUCUUACUGAAUCAGUAGGAAGUAAAGUGAUAGUAAAGCAAUUGGAUUGGUUUAAGGACAAUUUUUCUGAAGAUUUAGAAUCUCCAUACAGUUGGACAGAGAAUGAUAUAGCUGACCUUUAUGAUCAUAUGACCGUCAUCAUUGCUGCUGAUGUUAUUUAUGAUGAUGACAUAACAGAUGCACUGUUCAAGACACUUUAUCGAAUUUCGCACAGUUCAAGAAAUCCAUGCACUAUAUAUAUAUCAACAGAAAAAAGGUUUAAUUUUACAAUAAGACACAUGGACAUUACAUGUGAUGCCUACAAUCAUUUCCGACGCUGUUUAGAAAAAUUUGAAAAUAUCAGUGAUGGUAAACUAAAAUGGACUGCAAAAAAGAUCAAGCCUACAUUUCCUCAGUCUUUUAAUUAUGAAAGAAUAGAGCACUUGGAACUGUGGGAAAUUACUGCAGUAUCACUCACUUGAAUGAAAAUGAAAUAUAGUCUAAAAAUUAAAAACCUACAGUAUUAAAAGGUGGACAGUGAUUGCCAAACAAAGGAAAUCUGGCUAAACUCUGUCAUAUUGCACUAAGCUAGAGUUAAAACCUGAUUUGUUAAGUAACAGACUCAGUAUCACAGAGCAACUGACCCAGUAUCGCAAAACACAAAAAAGCUUUAUACUUUUGAUACUGAACUAAAAACAGAAUGCACAACUUUAUCCUUUUAGUUGCAGUGCAUCUAGAGACCUGUGGACCCCAGUGCUGGGCUCUCCCCUGCCUGUCCUAUUGUAUGUAUGUCACCAGCAAUGACUUUCAUAAUCAUAAUUUCAAAAUCAAACAAACUCUAUGAACCCAUAUCCAUCAAUUUAUGUUAAAGUAUUUGUUUUAUUCAGAUGACUACUCAAAUUGUGCCACAGAUUUUCAGCUGGAUUGUGAGUGGCUUUUAACUGGACGAUUGCAGGACAUUUAUCUUUUUUUGUCCUUCAGAUAGUGUUACUUUGGCCUUGUGUUUGGGCUAAUUGUUCUGCUGGAAGAUUAUAUUUCUGAAGAUUCAGUUUUAGGAGUCUUAAAUAGAUUCUGUUACAAAAUGUCUGUCUUGUCUUGCACCAUCCAGUCUUCUAUUCUAACUAGAUGCCUGGACAGAAUGUUGUUGCCACCAGACCCACCACCAUACUACAUGGUCCAACUCAAGACCAACUUAAAAACUUUGCAUAACAUUCUUCUUUUACAUAGUUACUUAAUUUAACACCUACAGGCCAAUGUCAAAGCAUACUGAAAUUUACCAUAAAGUAUGUGACCUAUCUGCAAUGUGGAAAAUAUUUUGCAGUAAGAAGAGGUCAAGACAGGAGCUUAUUGCCAAAGUUCAAAGCAGUAUGUGUGGUGCAAAACUACCACUACAAUCACAAAAAAGAACACAUACCUACAGUAAAGUAUAAGCAUAGUGGCUAGGUGGUGGGCUAGGUGAAAAAUACCCUUGGUUGAGAGUCCUAUUGUGGUCUGGUCAUUGGUCCAGGAGACCAAAUCUUCAGAUCAGCCAGAUUUAACCCAGCAUAUGUAAAUUAGGAAUGAUUACUGCUGAUUGGUUUGUGCUGAUGAAGAAAGUUAACCUCCAUAACACUUUACAGAGUUGGAGAAGAGAUGAAGUAGGAUUAUCUGUCAUACACAAAUAUAUUUUUGGCUCUGAAUCAAUAUUUGUCCUGCUCUUGUUUUACUUGUGCCAUUAUUGAUCCUGGUAGUGAUCGUGGAUUAGAAAUGAAGGGAUCAAUAAUAAAUGGCAGGUAUCAGGCUUUGUCAAAAUUAUCUCUCUCCAGUCUGUCCUAAAGAUAUUGAAGCAUUCAGUAGGAUCAUUUUCACAGAAACUGUAUUAAAACUACCCAUCCAUGCAGCUCAAAUCCAAUUCUCAGCAGUGUUUUUUUAUGCAAGAGAGGUCUUCUGGUAAUUUUUUUAUUCUUCUUAUUAAUAAAAAUCUGUUUUAAGUGCUGUUCUACUACCCAAUAUAAUAAUGUAUUUUCUGUUCUGUUAAAUACCUGAUCCCUGGGCCAUCUGAAGCAUCUGGUUUAUUCUGUAUACAUUCACACCCCCUGCUGGCAGCCUUGCUAACACAUUUUGUUUCCAUACACAGCAGGCAAUAAAUACCUAUGUGCAACAAUGGGAAGGGAAACCAAAUGUUUUGGCUUCCUGCUUUGUAUAAUGCCAGCACUGCCAAUGUUACAUUUUAGUUUCCCUGUGUGAAUGAAAUUCAGAAAGUUCUAACUUUCUAGUUACCAGCUGGCAGGAUGAUAGAAACACAUUUGUUUUUUGUUGUUUUUUGUUUGUUUGUUUUUUUUACCAGCAGCUGUGCUUAGAUGUUUAACCCCUGUUUUUUUCAAGAAAGUUGGAAAGUGUAGUAUGUCCUUACUAGAAGAUCUGCAGGCUUAUAAACAAGGGGGAACUGAUGGCUCAAGGAUACAGAACAAUGUAAAAGCAAUUUAAGUAAGCAAAAAAUAAUACAGGUUAAAAACAUAGACUUUAAACUAUAUGCAUCUGGUUUAAUGUUUGCAGUGAGAGCGCACCUUGAUUUAGAAAGGUAUGUAGUGUGAUGGUUGUAUUUUGCUUUUCAUUUUGUUCUUAUUUAUUCUUGUGUAAUCUUAUACUGUGUCCAGAAACAACAUUUAUAGAUUAAAUUAUUGGAGGUGCUAUUAUUGUUGUGCAAAGCUAAACAACAUUGUUAUUAUAUUGGUACACUGAUAAUCACCUAAAGAGCAAUAAAUGUGUAUCUCAACAUUGCUGAAAAAAUAUUGCUAUAUAAUCGUGACUUGAAUUUCAUGCAAACUUAAACUAUACAUUUAAAAGUGUAUUUUGCUGUUUUUACUUCUGUUAAAAUGUUUGCAGUGAAGGAUCUUUGGUUUUGAUGGUUUUUAAUAAAUGCAGUUGACUAUUA